GCGCAGUGCAUGAUGGGUGAGAAAUAUUUUGUGUAGUACGCCCGCUAUGGCUGCCCUGGACGCGCUGUGGGAGGAUAGAGACGUCAGGUUUGACGUCCCUCCGGUACAGAUGAGAAUGAGACCGGGGGAGAUUUUGAUUGAUCGACUGGAUUCUAUAGAAGACACCAAAGGAAACAAUGGAGACAGAGGUCGACUGAUGGUGACCAAUUUAAGGAUGAUCUGGCACUCCCAGAGUUUACUCCGAGUCAAUCUAUCUGUUGGCUACAACACCAUCAUCACAAUAUCUACCAGAACAGCCAACUCUAAACUCCGAGGCCAGACGGAAGCUUUAUACAUCCUGACCAAAUGUAACAACACUCGCUUCGAGUUUAUCUUCACUAACCUGGUCCCAGGGAGUCCACGUCUCUUCACUUCAGUCAUAGCCGUGCACAGGGCCUAUGAGACAUCUAAGAUGUACCGUGACCUGAAGCUGCGAGGAGCUCUGAUCCAGAACAAACAGCUGAGACUCCUGCCUCAGGAACAAGUCUUCAACAAGGUCAACGGUGUCUGGAACCUCUCCAGUGACCAGGGGAACCUGGGAACAUUUUACAUCACCAACAUCAGGUUGGUGUGGCAUGCUAACAUGAACGACAGCUUUAAUGUCAGUGUGCCAUACCUGCAAAUGAGGUCGGUAAAGGUACGAGACUCCAAGUUUGGUCUGGCUCUAGUUCUGGAGACAUCUCAACAGAGUGGAGGCUAUGUCCUGGGGUUCCGUAUUGACCCAACAGAGAAGCUACAGGAAGUCGUGAAGGAGAUACAGAGUAUCCACAAAGUCUUCAGUGAGAACCCCAUCUUUGGGGUGGAGUUUGAACUAGAAGAAAAGCCCCAGCCUCUGGAGGAGGUUACCCAAGUUGUCCAGUUUGACGAUGUGGAAAUCGAGAACGAGGGACAAACAGAUGCAUUCGCUGCAUACUUUGCAGAUGGAGAUAAGCAAAAGGACCGAGAGCCGGUGUACUCUGAGGAGCUGGGACUGGCCAUCGAGAAGCUCAAGGAUGGAUUCACUCUGUCAGGGCUGUGGGAGGUCAUGUAACUCAGAAAAGAACAAAAGCACGAUCAGCAGAACGUACUGCAACUCCACGAAACCCGUAAUGUCUAUUGUGCACAGCACUUCGGUAGAACGUCUCAUAUAUGUAUUCAUGUAUGUAUGAUUAACAUCCCAUCUGUAUAGUUUCCAAUUGUUGUGUCGAAAAAGAUGUUGUCAGCAACAGGCAAAAUUGUAAAGCAACCUUGACCAAAAAUCCGACAAAAAGUGUGAAAAAACAGGGUUUUGCGCAGGUGCAGUACGUUCUGCCAACAUGAUCAUGUGACCUGGGAAGUCAUGUGACAUUAAAUGUCAUGUGACCCGAAAAAUCACAAACUUAGAUCAUGUGACCUGGAAAGUAUUGAGUAGUCUGUUUAUGAAUAGUUUCAUCACAGAAAUGUAAAAUGAUAUUGUACAUAUAAAAAUAUUUUUGUGGAGUGCAUUUGUUGAGCAUUUGGCCUUACUGAGUUGUCCUUAUUGUUGUUUAUGAAUGCUGUGUAGUUUUGAUAGCACAUUGUACCCAUCUAAAAUGUCUGUGGAUAUAAAAACAUUUGUGUGCAUUUGUAUAGUCAGGAAAAGUGUGACCAGAUUAUGUAGGAAACUAAAAAAUGUAUAUCUGAAAUUGGACUUGAACUGUGAAUAAAAUAUUCUGCACAUUGAA